AUGAUAUCUAGAUUUUUCUAAAAAUUAAACACGCUUUAACAACAUAAUGAUUUCACAUUCGGGCAAUUCAAUCAAAAGACUGAAGUCCUAAAAUAAGUGUUCAUUUCCUAUUGGGGCCACUUUCCGUGUCUCGGCAGUACUUGUUACUAGAAGCGCUAAAUCGUGCCAUUCUAGCAUAAGUCGAACAUAUGAUACGCGCUUUUAUCGUGAUACUCUUACAAAAACAAUCGAACUAUUCUAAUCUACGAAUUUGCCAUUCAUGAAAUAUGCUAGUCCGCUUGAGAUGUAGUAACAAGUAUGUGAUUGAAAAAAAGCCCUACACAAAGUGCCUACACAGAUACUGUUUGCGUUUAAAUAAAGCCUAUUUGUGUUUAUCAAUGAUGAUGAUCGUGCGCGGUGCAGGUGUGAGAUAAGAAAACGAUAAAAAACUUGGUUUGGUUCAGUAAGUCGGCCAGCAUGACGAGAGAUCGUAUGCCAGACUUGUGCGCUGCACGUAAAGGAAUUACAACGACGACAAGUGGGGGCUUUCUUAAAAAUGUUCACGGACAGAUUAAGCCGAAUAAAAAACUUCACGAUCUUCUGAAUAACGUUCAAGAGAUUCGAGAACUUAUUAAUGUUAUGAUCGAAAAUAUACUAAUUGUAAAAAAAAUACACAAAGAUGCCGGUCAGCACGGAAACAAAGAAAUUCGGAAAGAAUUGGAUACUCGUACUUCGACAAUCAGUCAGUUAGCACAUAGGAUACACGGAAAAUUAAAAGGAAUUGGUAAAGAUAUAUCUCAUGAAGACGAUAUAACAUUUAGUACAGCACGAGAUGGAUCCGCUUACAACAGAAUUAGAAUUUUACAAUACGUAACGUUGUCCAAAUCGUACACGGAGACAAUGCAUGAUUACAAUGAAAACUUGUUGAAAUAUCAUGACCGAUGCGCAAACCUAUUAAAAAAACAACGACGCCUUGUGAGAAAACAUGUUAAAAGCGAAGAACUGGAUAGUAUGCUUGACACAGAAGACACGAAUUUAUUUGUUGAUAAUAUUUUAGAAGAUACAAGAGCCGCUCAACAACAACUAUCAGAUAUAGAAUCUAGGCAUAAUGAAUUGCAAAAACUAGAAAAGUCUAUUAGUGAAGUUAGAGAUAUUUUUCUUGAAAUGGCCAUUCUAGUUGAAAGACAAGGUGAACAACUAAAUUGCAUUGAAUACUUUGCUAGUAAAGCUACUGAUGACAUUGAUAUGGGACGCGAUAGAAUCAUCAAAGGAUAUGAAAAAAAACGACGCUUAAAAAUUGUAAGAAUAAUUAUUGUUGAAUUUUUGGUUAAAAUUGCAAAUAUUACGAAAUCUUUCCUUUUUCUUUUUUCAGAGGAAAUUAAAAAUAGCUCUAGCAGUAUUUGUUAUAAUUUUAAUUAUUUUUAUAGGUAUUCUAUGUUCAUAAAAUUGCAUUUUAUGAUUAAUAAUAUUGUUAUACACCUAUCAAAUAGAUUUGUCAUAUAUUACUUGUAAAAGUAGAUCGAUAUUAAAAAUACUUUAUAUGUUAGAUGAGGUAAAUGUAUAUGAUAUAAUAUUUAUAUACAUUUCAAAUUACCAUU